AUGGUUAAACGAGCAAAUCUUAAAUAUUUAGGUUUAACUUUGGUAGUACUUUUCUUUUUUCAUUGGGCAUUAGUAAAAAAUCGUCCAAAGUCAAGCUUCUCAACGCCAUGGGUACUAACAGAUCCUGAUAUAACAAGUAAAGUUAUAGUUCCCGCUGGAAUUGAAAUGAAUUAUACUAAAGAACCAGACCGAGCCAAUGCAUGUUUUGUAGUUUUGAUUAGAAAUAGUGAUUUACAUAACUUUAGACCGACUAUGAGACAACUUGAAGAUAGAUUUAAUCGUAAAUAUAAUUAUCCAUAUGUAUUUUUAAACGAUGUUCCAUUUACAGAAGAAUUUAAGAAAUACACUAGUGCUUUAACUAAGGCAAAGACAGAAUAUGGUUUAAUUCCAUAUGAAUAUUGGAGUGUUCCGGAUUAUAUAGAUAUGGGUGUUGUAAAGCAAAAUAUGGAAAAAAUGGAGAGUGAAGGAGUUUUGUACGGUGCUUUCACUGUUUCGCUUUAUGAAUAUCAGAAAACUAUACCUACACUCUGGGAUGCUGUUAAAGAGUUUGCUUUAAAUUAUCCUGAAUACAUUGAACCUGAUAAUUUAAUGGAAUUUGUAUCAAAGGAUAAUGGAAAAUCUUAUAAUUU